AUGGCAGAAGGUCGUCGAUCAACUCGCGCAUGCGACGAAUGUCGCCGACUCAAGGAAAAAUGCGAAGGAGGCAUUCCCUGCCGCCGUUGCGCCCACUUUCGUCGGCCCUGUGAAUCCAAAGCCCUUGCUUCCCGGGCGCGCGACUUUCGCGCUUAUGUGCCUCGAACACGACCCGCCAAAUCGGAAGUCCAAGAGUUGGUCGAUCGGUGCAGAUACAUGGAGCAGAUCUUGAAACAUACCGUCGAGGGAAUUGCCCUUGAUACUAAGAGUUUGGCUCGGAUGGCCAACUCCCUGGCAGCAGGACGAACAUCGGAUAGUCCGGGGGUGCCCAGUCCAGCUGGUCUGGCUAUCGAGGAUGAGGCUUGUACUAUUGAUCCGGUCGGGGAUACAACCACGCAUUUCUCUGGAGAGUUUUCCUACUGGAACUUCUCAAUGCGCAUCAAACAGCGCAUUCAAAGUCGCAUGCGGACUAAAAGUCCAGACCGGGUGUCAGGGUACUGGCGGGCUCAGCAGUUGAAGACCAACGAGCAUCUAUCGGCAGCGUUGGCUUGUUUUCCUCCAAGGCCUAUCACCGGGUUCCUUGUCAAGACUUUUUUGAAGUAUGCUGCCACACAUUGGUUUCUCGUGGACGAGGACUGGUUGCUGGAGCGUGUGCAUCUGUUGUACACGGAUCCGGCCAGUCUAGGGGACAAGGCUGCCGCUGUUACUAGUAUUCUCUUGUCGGUGCUGGCUAUCGGAACGCAGUAUGCCCAUCUCGAGUCACCCAGCGAUCGUGCAUCCAACGACCAGACAUCUGCAUUCUCCGAGGAAGACGUCGGGGUGCGGUUCUACGAGCAGUCCAUCCGGUUGCUCCCUGAGAUUAUCGAGUUGUCUUGUCUAGAGAGUGUACAAGCCUGUCUGCUAUUAGGAUUCUAUGCGCUACCAGUGGAUGCGUCCGGCCUGGGAUACAUCUACGUGAACCUGGCAGUGCGACUGGCUAUGCAGAAUGGCAUGCAUCGAAAGUGCCACCGGGAUGCCUUUACUCCGGUCAUGACUGAGACGCGCAAUCGGGUGUGGUGGACGGUUUGUUCCCUCGAAAGGCUUAUAUCCAUCUUCCACGGUCGCCCCUUGUCAGUCCGUCGAGAAGACGUCGAUGCAGAUCUACCACAUGCCCGUAACGACAUGAACCAGACGCAAUCUGCCUGGAACACGCAGUGUGCGAUAAUCUCCAUCCAGAUGCUUGACUGGUUGGAGGAAUUCUUUCAUGACAUAUCCCGCCUCCGACACGCCCAGCACCAAGACAUCCCCACCGUUCUAGCCCGUUUAAUGGCCCGCAAAGAAUCCUGGAACCGAUGGUGGACAGCCAUUCCGGAAGAAAUCCGCAACCCAGCCCAGCCGUGGCAACAGCAUCGUGCAGUCAUGCAUCUUCGUUUAGAAUCCUGUCUAGUGCGCAUGUUUAUCGGGCGACCCUUUCUCCUCCGGAAGGAGGCCCCUCAAGCAGAUGGGAGUAAUUUAGCUGCUCCCGAAUCGAAAGACCUCCACCCCUCCGACCGCGAUGAUCUCAUUGGGGAUUGCAUCCAAGCUGCCCAAGAGGCACUGGAAAUCUGCCGGCGUCUACGCGAUCAUGGACCAGGAUUGGCACGUGCUUCGUACCUGGAAUAUAGCGCCUGUCGAGCUGCCCUGCUGGUCUUGAUCGCCUACUCAGUUCAAAGUCUUUCCGAUGCACUGCGGCAACCAAUGCGCGAAGGAUUAGCCCUGCUUCGUGAAAUGUCAGCAGCAGGUGAUUCCGCACGGUCGGAGGUAUCUUUCCUUGAGGCAUUAGAACGGUCCCUGGCGCGGCUGCAGACCGUCACUCAACGACCGGAGAAUACACCCCAACCUGCUACCUUGGUGUGUGAUUAUGAUGCUUUUCGACAUUGGGGAUCUAUGGCAAAGAAGUCGGAGGCCCACACGGCAGUGAACCAAGAUGUAGCGGAAUCAUGGACCGAUCCUCUGGUAGAAGUUGAACAUAUUCCCAAUUUUGAUCCCUCCCUUGACUUGUCGAUAUUUGGAGGGACGAAUCUGUCUCCGUCAGCGACAUGGCCCACACGGACAGAGACACAGGUGUUGGAGGAGUUCCUGGCGGGAUCGAAUUUGGAUCCGAUAUGGAAUCAUGUUGAUUUGCCCUAA